GGCAGCAGCUGGGAGGAAAGCUGCAGGGUGCGCCCGGACAGAAGUGGAGCUCCGAGCCAAGGCCAGUCGGCAGGAUUUGAAGAAGGAGAGCGGUGCAUGGACCUGGAGGGGAGCAGUGACUGCACAGCUCGGAGAGGAACCAGUCUACAGAAAUGACCGAAUACAAACUGGUGGUGGUGGGAGCUGGGGGUGUUGGAAAAAGUGCCUUAACAAUACAGCUUAUACAGAACCAUUUUGUAGAUGAAUACGAUCCUACAAUUGAGGACUCUUACAGAAAACAGGUGGUGAUUGACGGAGAAACAUGCUUGCUGGAUAUUUUGGAUACUGCAGGCCAAGAGGAGUACAGUGCCAUGCGUGACCAGUAUAUGCGAACUGGUGAAGGGUUCCUUUGUGUGUUUGCUAUCAACAACAGCAAGUCCUUUGCCGACAUCAAUUCCUAUAGGGAACAAAUAAAGAGAGUAAAAGACUCAGAUGAUGUCCCUAUGGUACUUGUUGGUAACAAAUGUGAUUUACCAACCAGGACUGUAGACACCAAGCAAGCUCAGGAGCUGGCCAGGAGUUAUGGUAUCCCCUUCAUUGAGACCUCUGCAAAAACAAGACAGGGUGUUGAAGAUGCUUUUUAUACACUGGUCCGUGAAAUCCAUCAGUACAGGAUGAAAAAACUGGACAGCAAUGAAGACAGCAGCCAGGGCUGUAUCCGGUUGCCCUGCUCUCUCAUGUAAAUAGAUUGAUGAGAAAAGUACUGAAAGUAUCUUCUACCAGAAGAACAAAACACAACCCACCUGCACAAACUGUUACCAUGGAAAUGCCACUUAACAAAUGUUAUACCUCGUUCACAGAUGGUCUUAUCACUGUGCACUUUUUAAAUGGAUGCUGUUAUCCCAAUGUUUUAGUUCUGUAUUUCACGCAUUGUGCUACUCAAAUACCAAAGAUAAUGUCUGUGACAUGACUGUUCUCAAAUGGUAACCCUGAAGAGUGUGACGUGAAGAUUACUUUUCGUGUAUUUCAGUGAAACUCUUCAUCUCAAGUAUUCCUGCAUUUCCUGACUUUUUUCCUGUGAUGUGUGAAAAACUUUGGCUCCAUACCACUGUGCUCAGAGAAGUUUCUCGUACAGAGAAGGGAUUGAGCUUUUUGAGCUGACAAAAUGUCACAUGUACUACUGUCAUUAAUUGACUGGUUUUUGACUUUCAAGACAAACUUUGAGUUUACAACUGCUGUAAGGACCAGGCUUUUAUUCAAGUGUCUUUGCCAGUAUGGCCCUCACUCUUGGCUGAUCUGGUGUUUUACUGGCUUUGACAAUUGAUCCUCUUAACAG